CUCUAUGAAUGUAAUCAGUGUGAUAAAGCCUUUUCACAACACAGACAUCUCCAAGUACAUAAAAGAACCCAUACUGGAGAGAAACCCUACAAAUGCAAUCAAUGUGGUAAAGCCUUUUCAGAAACCGGUACUCUCAAACUACAUAAAAGAACACAUACUGGAGAGAAACCCUAUGAAUGUAAUCAGUGUGGGAAAUCUUUUUCACACCUCAGUAGUCUACAAAAGCAUGAAAGAAUACAUACU